CGUUUAUGUAGUUUUCGGCAAGUACGACGCCUAGCAGGAGUGUUUUCGUAACUUUCGUAAGAUCUUUAGAGAUUAAACUGUUCAUCACUUGAUCCUAUACGAGCGAACAUCGCUAAAGGACUGAAGUGAGGAAAUGCUGAUGUGGAGGUCAGCAGCAGCUCGCUGCAGGAGAUGGACAGCUGUCAAUCAAAUCAUCCGCUCAAACUCAGAUAUGGCUGAGUUUCGUGAGAUCUUCUCAAAGGCCCGACACAUCGCCGUCAUCACAGGAGCAGGAGUCAGUGCAGAGAGCGGUGUGCCCACCAUCAGAGGAGCUGAGGGGCGCUGGAGGAGCUGGAAAACACAGGACCUGGCGACGCCGGAGUGUUUCUCUCGUCACACCAGUCGUGUCUGGGAGUUCUAUCAGUAUCGCCGGGAGCUGUCUCUGAAGGCCGAGCCCAGCGCCGCUCACAGAGUGAUCUCUGAGUGUGAGGAGCGUCUCAGCAGACAGGGCCGAUCGCUGGUGGUCAUCACACAGAACAUCGACGAGCUGCACCAGAGAGCGGGGUCCAGACACGUGCUGGAGGUCCACGGAAAUCUGUUUCAGACCAGAUGUGUGAGCUGUGGAGAUGUGGAGAUCAAUCACAGGAGCCCCAUCUGUCCGUCGCUGGAGGGCAAAGGGUCACCUGAUCCUGACGCACCUGACGCGCUCAUACCUGUCAAAGACCUGCCCAGGUGUGAUGAGAAGGGCUGUGACGGUCUCCUGCGGCCUCAUGUCAUCUGGUUUGGAGAGACUCUGGACUCUCAGAUCCUCACUAAAGUGGAGAAGGAGCUGGAGACGUGUGACCUCUGUCUGGUGGUGGGCACGUCCUCCGUGGUUUACCCGGCAGCCAUGUUUGGUCCACAGGUGGCGUCCCGCGGUGUUCCAGUGGCGGAGUUCAACACCAAGACCACAGCAAACACACCACGCUUCAGGUUUCAUUUCCCAGGUCGCUGUGCAGAGACUCUUCCAGCGGCUCUCGCUCGACACGAGUCUGAGGUCAUCUGAUGCUCAGAGACACGCUGAACCUGAAUCUGAACAUUCCUCCGCUUCUGAGAUAUAACCUCUAGUAUAGAAACUGGAAAUGGGCCACAAGACGCUGAAUGUGCCUUAAGUUUCUCAGAGACGUCUUGAAUCACUGCCAGCGUUCCUCGUGAAGAAGAGCUGUCCUGCAUUAAUAAAGCACCGUAGAAGUGUGUGUGUGUGUGUGUGUGUGUGUGUGUGUGUGUGUGGCUUUACUCUGAAGCAUCACUAGAAGGACAGCAGUGUUUGUCUUCCUAUCACUCCAGCAGUUUCAGCAUUAAUACCAAUGAAUAAAAGUGCUUUUCACAGA